GCUCACGGUAUUGUUACACGUAAUCAAAAUCAAUCGCUUUAACAAGAUGAAUUACCAGAUAUACCCUUCUUAUUUAUUGGAGGAUUUGGGGACAAGCUCCGGAAAGAUGCGUUAUUUAUCUGCAAAUAUUAGGACUAGUUUAUAAAUAUAGAAAAUUAGAAUAUCGCCACCCUCUUCCUCCUCCGUCUGUUUUCCUGUCCGUCCGAUCAUUUGGGAAAUCUGAAGUAGAGAUUGCAGUCAGGAGGAGAAUAUGUAUCAUCCGUCCAGAGGUGGAGUUCGUGGCGGCCGAGAUCAAUUUAACUGGGAAGAUGUGAAAGUUGACAAACACAGAGAAAACUAUCUUGGCCACAGUGUUAAAGCACCUGUUGGACGAUGGCAGAAAGGGAAAGAUCUUAACUGGUAUGCCCGUGAUAAAAAAUCUGCCUCUGCUGAUGCGGAAGCAAUGAAAGAAGAAAUCCGUAGAAUCAAGGAACAAGAAGAGCAGGCCAUGAGGGAGGCUUUAGGGUUAGCUCCUAAGCGUGCUACACGUGCUCAAGGUAAUCGUUUGGAUAAGCAUGAGUUUAAUGAACUUGUGAAACGAGGCUCUACUGCAGAAGAUUUAGGAGCAGGGCACGCAGAAGCGGCUAGGGUACAUGGUCUUGGCUUUUCAAGAGAACCUCGUGCUUGGGAAGAACCAAUUGUGUCAAAUGGUACAGAGGGCCAAUCUGCUGAGAAAGUGGACUCCCCAAUGCCUAGUGCACCCGCUAAGGAUGAUGGGGAUCAAUCAGAGGAUGAAACUCAGAGGAGGAAAAGGAAGCAUGAGGAAAAGAAACGUGAGAAGCAAGACAGACGAGAGAAAAGACAUUCUCGUGAUUCAGAUGACAGGAGAACACGCAGAAAAGACAAGGAAAAGAGAAGACAUGAUUCUGACUAAAACAUACAGAUUAGUAUUGUUGUAUUGUAAUUUGCGUAACGUUUGGCACUUGGUAGUGACCGUACGUGAUGCUGCUGUUUGCUGUUUGUGUCGAUGUAUCCUUUUUAUUGGCUUCGACAUUCAACUAGUAGCAAAUGCUUUUUAUAUCUCAUUUUCUUUGUUGGACUGAAGUUCUACUGUAUCAUUCUUGUAUCUUUGCUUGUAAUUUUCUGGGGGAUUUAUUCCUUUUAAUUUUGAUGAAACUUUUCUUUUUGUGUCUGCCCUUGUAGUCCUCUGAAUUCUGAUGGUGCCAUAGACUAGAGAGAUACUGGAACCUGGAAGUGGGGGAAAAGAAGUCUAUCACGUCUUCCUUUGAAAGCGAAGUGCCAAAGUUUUAUGUCUACCGCUAGAUUCCAUUUUAACAAGGCACUCCUCCUAUUUUCUUCUCCACCCUUAAGAAGGCAAAAAAUGCCGGAAUCACCCAUUUAUCAUUGAAAAGCUGCAUUGGCCAAAGUUCAAACAUGGCAAAAAUAACACAAUUUUAUGCAUUUUUUUUUUUGGUAUACUUAACAUACUUGGUGUUUUCCUCUUUGUUUUGAGAACACCGACUUUGCUAAAUUUAAAUAUAUUAGUCUACUCAUUGAAAGAGGCAAAAGUGGAACCUACAAUCUCAUGAAAUUGUUAAUUAAUGAUACUAAC